CUCAGAUGUUUUUUACCUGCCUGAGCGAACGGACGGCUCAGUCGGUCUAUUGUUUGGGUCGGUCGCGUCGAGUCGGUGUUGCCUUAGGGAAUUCAAUUGUAUAUCGUUUGGGUGACCGCGUUUUGAAUGUGUUAUUGUGGAGAGGACGCUAUUUUUCCCUAUAACUAGUUUUUGAAAAUUCACGAAUAAGUUGCAAAAGGUGCCUAAAGAAAUAUGUAAUCGCUAAUCAUUGUUGUGUGUCGAGCCAAGACUCACAGGAGAGGGAAUAUUUUGAUUGGAUGUGAACCGAGCCCCGAGCCCCAAAUCAAACCAAACUGAAUCCCAAACCUGUUGCUUUUACAGCAGCUAACAAAACAACAUAAGACUGGCCAGAAAUCACGCAACUAUCCAACAGCAUGGAUCGGAAAUAUAUACAUAUUUGGGGAGCUGGUGCAGAGUGUGGCACUUCUCGUGUCCACCGCUUGGCUGGCUUCUGCGGCUGCGGCUGCGGCUGCUGUUGCCCAUGUAAUGCUUGCCACUGUUGCAGGUUUCGUCAUUUGCUCUUACAUCAAAGGCGCUUCGAUUAUGAGCAGCAGAAGAUUUCUGGCCAAGCAGAAACAAGGCAAAAAGAAGUCAAGAUAAAUGGGGAUUUGGGUCAUGGUUAACAGCGCACGAACCACUCUCUGGUUUUCUGUUGUGGUUUUUGGUUCGUCUCGGCGCUGGCACGCGGUCGGGGUCUGGCUAGUUGGAGUCCACGCGCACCGAUAAUCAGAUGCCCCAAAGAGUUGGCUAAUUCAAAUUAGGCCCGCUUCGGGGCCUGUGUCUGCGACUUUGACAGCAAAAAUUAAUUGAUUUAUUAACAGCUGCCCCGACAAGAGAAAAAUUAUCAAUCAUUCGGUAUAAUGAGAGCCGAGCCUCCGUCUCUUUUCCCUCCUCUGGCAUACAAUAGCGUAAAUCCAUUAGUCGCCGUCGCCGACCCAGCUGAUGCCAAACUAUUGAACUUGCUCUUCCAGGUCCACCAUGACACGACGAAAGCUGCUCAUCUGCUGGGCAGCCCUUCAGGCGGGCUCAACAAUGAUUACCUGCCUGCUGCUGAUGCUGACCACCUCACAGCCCGGCGGCAAUCAGGUGGCUGCCGGAAUUGUGCCGCCACCCUGGAGUGAUCCGGCCACGAACCCCUGUGCCAGCAUGUCCGGGGGCUGGCAGCUUCUCUAUUGGACGCCGCUAAAGAAGUGCUUCAAGAUCUUCACUUUGGGCUAUCCCUGCCCGGACACCAUGGAGCUGAGUCCCACGCCAAGUAAUGCCAAGCGCAAGAAUCUUCCUGCGGCCGAGUGCCGCUGUCCGCCAGGAACUGCUCUCAGUCCUCUGACCAGCUCCGUUUGUCACAAGCUUUACGAGCGGGGUCCGUGUCAGAGAACAGAAUAUUUCCACCCCCUACCAGAUCAGGCCAAGAGGACUGGCAACCGGUGGGGCACCUGCAAGCGUCCGUUGCAGUGCGUGGAUGGAAUGAUCUUUUGGCCGAGAGAUAACAAAUGUUAUGCCCGGCAUAGGCGUGGGCCCUGCAGCCGGGGAAAGUUGCUGGUGCGCAACGAGGAAGGGCUGGCCGAGUGCCGAUGCGAAGAUGCAGGCGAAUUGGCCUCGUACUACUCCCCAGCGGAGGACUCCUGCCAUGAGCACUAUACCAAAGGACCUUGCUCUACGCCGGGUCACAUUUUCAUGCCGGGUGGUCGGUGCGACUGCCAACAGCAUCUGCCACAAUACUAUGUCCCUCAGCAGAUGUGUUUCGAACUCGAUACUCCGGGACCCUGCCCACCUGGACACAUAUUUCGCAUACCCGACAAUACUGAGGUGGCGACAGGCGGUUCUUUGCAGCUACUUCCUCGGGCCAAGUGCCUGUGCAAGGAAGGCUACGUGCCCUGGGCCGAUGGCAACUGCUAUCGUUUGUACACACGGGGACCGUGCGGUUCCAACGAGUUUCUAGUGAAUGCCACUUCCUGUGUGCACAAUUUUUGUGGCAAGAGUCGUCUGUACUUCCCGGCCGAGGACUCUUGCUAUCGUAUUGGCUCCCAGGGCCCGUGCUCCCUCUAUCAGGUGGUAAUCUUCGACUUCACCGCACGCCCUUCGCUCGACGGCAUCUCCUACAAUGGAAUGUGUGGCUGUGCGGGAGCGCUCACCAACUUGGACCAACACUGCUCAGGCUUGGGCUCUGGCUUGGGUUCGGACACCGACAAGGAGCAGAACAUCUGCGAGUCCACGCCUGGAAUGGUCGAGAUCAACGGCCAGUGCCACAAGCUGUACACUCGAGGACCCUGUGGGGCUGGCCAGUGGCUGCAGCCACUCAAGGCUCACUCACAGACGAAUACAGCGACUCUGGCCUACGCCAGUCGCGCCAAGUGCGUCUGCCGUCCUGGCUACACGCCCACGGAGGCGGACCAGAGGGGCCAGAGCAACUGCAGUGCUCGAAGCGUGAGCCUGGCGAGGUAUUUAACGAGAGAGCGACACAACUCAAAGUUCCUCAAUGAUCUACACACUGGUACUCCCUCCCUAAAUGUUAACACGAGCUUUUCCAACUAUCCUUUGUAGUCUCUGGGCCUGGCUUUGAGUCUCCCGCCUGUCUCCUUUCAUCAUUCCCCUUUUUUAUCUUUUGUGAUGCAUGCUUAGUGUUUUUAGAUCGCAGUAGUUCGGCUGUUAUUUC